GCCUCGGCGCGCCGACGUCACGCGGCGUCGUCGCCGCCGCCCCCGCUGCUGUCUCAGGUCAUGGUGUUGGGCCGCGGGCUGCUGGGCCUCGGGAGCCUGGCCGCGCGGGGCAGCGCCUUCGCCCGGCGCGUCGCGGGUCCAGCCCUGCUGGGAUUCGCCUUCCAUCACACAGAGCAGAGGAAGAGUACCUCCAUGACCCAGGGCAGCAUGAGGGUGGAGAUCCUGCCUGCCCUGACCGACAACUAUAUGUACCUGAUCAUCGACGAGGACACCAGGGAGGCCGCUGUUGUGGACCCGGUGCAGCCGCAGAAGGUGAUACAAACAGCGAGAAAGCAGGGCGUGAAGUUGACCACAGUGCUCACCACCCACCACCACUGGGACCACGCAGGCGGCAAUGACAAGUUGGUGAAGCUGGCGCCUGGGCUGAAGGUGUACGGGGGGGACGAGCGUGUCGGAGCCCUGACCCACAGGGCCACACACCUGUCCACACUGCAGGUGGGGUCUCUCCACAUCAAGUGCUUGGCGACGCCCUGUCACACGUCGGGACACAUCUGCUACUUUGUGAGCAAGCCCGGCACAUCUGAGCCCCCUGCCGUGUUCACAGGUGACACCUUGUUCGUGGCUGGUUGCGGGAAGUUCUUUGAGGGGACGGCGGAUGAGAUGUGCAAGGCCCUGCUUGAGGUCCUCGGCCGGCUCCCUCCGGAUACAAGGGUGUACUGUGGCCACGAAUACACUGUCAGCAACCUCAAGUUCGCACGCCAUGUGGAGCCCCAGAACACUGCUGUGCAGGAGAAGCUGGCCUGGGCCAAGGAGAAGUACAGUUGCGGGGAGCCCACGGUACCGUCCACCAUCGCUGAGGAGUUCACCUACAACCCGUUCAUGAGAGUGAGGGAGAAGACGGUGCAGCAACAUGUGGGCGAGUCGGACCCGGUCACCACCAUGAGGGCCAUCCGCAAGGAGAAGGACCAGUUCAAGGUACCCCGGGACUGAGCCGGGCUGCGCCCCUUGCCAGGGGCCAGGACAGGUGGUGAUGCCUGAGCUGGAGACGGAAGCACCCCCGAGGCCCUGCCCAUCUGCCCAUCUGAGCAAAUGUUCGAAUGCA